AUGGGCGAGAUACUCGCCGCGCCGUGCGCGUCGUCGUCGUCGUCCCCGUCUUCUUCUUCGCGAGGAGACGGGUCCUCCCAUGCUACCUCCGAGAGAGACGGCCGCGUGGCGUGGCUCCACUCCGGCAGCGCGGGCGUGGAGCACAUCCUCGCGGUCCCUCGCGUGCGCGACGCCGUCGCGCCGCUGACGAACGCCAGAGGCGCCUUCUCCGCGUCGCUCGGGGAGUGGGCGUUGUUCGCGUCGUUGUGGUUCGCGAAGAAGGUUCACGCGAUGCGCGCGUCGCAGGCGAAAGGGGAGUGGAUGCGCGACACGGUCGGGAUGCUCCAAGGGAAGACGAUGUCGAUCGUCGGGUACGGGGACAUCGGGAGAGCGUGCGCAGUUCGCGCGAAAGCGUUCGGGAUGAAGGUCGUCGCGCUGCGGCGGGAUCCGAGUAAGGCGCGUUCUACGUCAAACUGGUCCCCAUACGACCGCGGUGGCGUGGUGAACGCCAGCCUAGCUAGGUUCCCGACCCACCGCGACCGACCCGCCGCCGACGAUACAUCCUCCGUCCGAUCCGAUCCGAUCCAGGCCGAGGGCGAUUUCGUCGUGCUCGCAUUGCCGCACACGCCGGAGACGGAGGCGCGCUCUAUACACUGGUCCCCAUACGACCGCGGUGGCGUGGGACUCAUCGACGCGUCCAUGAUCGCGUCCAUGAAGCCCACCGGGGUGCUCGUGAACGUCGGGCGCGGCGCCGUCGUCGACGAGGACGCGCUCGUCGACGCGCUGACAAGGGAGAAGAUCAAGGGCGCGGCGUUGGACGUCACCGCGACGGAGCCGCUGCCGGCUGGGCACGCGUUUUACGCGCUCGAAAAUUGUUUGAUGUCGUUUCACUGCGCGGACCUCACGGAGGAUUACCACGAGCUGACGAUGACGACGUUCAUACGGCACGCGCGCGCGUACGUCGGGGAAGAAGAGGGCGACGACGCCGCGUGGAACGUCGUGAGCAAGGAGAAGGGGUACUGA